GUUUUCAUCUCUAUGGUGCAAGUGAGGUAAUAAGUUGAUGCUAGAACUGAAAAUUUUUACCUACUAAACAAAUAAUUCUCUUUUAAAAGUGUUUGUAUAUAUUUUGACAGAAAACAUAGCAUGAUUAAACUACGCUUUGAAGAGAAAGCGUAACUGCUUAUACUUGUAGUUUCUGGAGAGUUGGUUAUCCUGAAAACUGGAUUCUGAUCAGUGAACUCUUGGCGAGUCUCCGCUUGCAAUUCGGACUCCAUUUUAGUUUAGUGGGGAGGAUUUUGUUCUCCCGCGUUUCGCAACGUUUUUUUCAACGUGAACUCCUUUUUAUAUUGUGAGACAACUGUUCGCAAGUUCUUUUGGAUAAGAUUUAAUUCCCGUGUGUGUUUAAAGAAGUUGUUAUUGGUGAAGUGCAUCUGUAUUGUGGUGUGGAAUUUUUUCGGAAGUUUCAUUCGUCACUGAAACCACAAAGCAGCGUGGCUUGCCUUUGUUUCUGUCAAGUUAAGAGGAUUCGGCAACAUGAACUGCCAGUUGUGAUGCCGGCCUACAGCUCGCUGUACUACCUCCUUGGUGGGCUGGCUUGAGCAUCGUGAUGAAGCCGAGAGUCUGCCGGGCCUUGCGACAGGACUGGUGACGUAAAGGACGCUAGCGAUAGUGCUCGUGUACGCUGCUGCGGAGACCGCCCCGAUGGACAAACGGAAGAUGUUGCCGAAACGCCCGCGCAUGGAUCUGCGGGGUCCCAUCGCCAAUGGUCCCAUGCAAACCCGCCCCCUGGUGGCUCUGCUGGACGGCAGAGACUGCUCCAUCGAGAUGCCCAUUCUGAAGGACGUGGCGACGGUCGCCUUCUGCGAUGCGCAGUCCACCUCUGAGAUCCACGAGAAGGUGUUGAACGAGGCAGUGGGAGCUCUGAUGUGGCACACUAUUAUACUCACGAAGGAGGAUCUGGAGAAAUUCAAGACCCUCAGAAUCAUUGUCCGCAUCGGCAGUGGAGUAGAUAACAUAGAUGUGAAGGCGGCGGGUGAGCUGGGCAUCGCGGUGUGCAAUGUCCCGGGCUACGGCGUGGAGGAGGUGGCAGACACCACACUCUGCCUCAUCUUGAACCUCUACCGGCGCACCUACUGGCUGGCCAACAUGGUGCGCGAAGGCAAGAAGUUUACAGGGCCGGAGCAGGUGCGCGAAGCGGCUCAGGGCUGCGCUAGGAUACGCGGCGACACGCUCGGCAUUGUGGGCCUUGGUCGAAUCGGUUCCGCCGUAGCUCUGCGAGCCAAAGCAUUUGGCUUCAACGUCAUCUUCUACGAUCCAUACCUUCCCGACGGAAUUGAGAAGUCGCUGGGUCUCACGAGAGUGUACACACUGCAGGACUUGCUGUUCCAGUCGGAUUGUGUGUCGCUACAUUGCACUCUGAACGAGCACAACCAUCACCUUAUCAAUGAGUUCACCAUCAAGCAGAUGAGGCCAGGGGCGUUCCUGGUGAACACGGCGCGCGGCGGGCUGGUGGACGACGACGCGCUGGCAGCCGCCCUCAAGCAGGGCCGCAUCCGCGCCGCAGCCCUGGACGUGCACGAGAACGAGCCCUACAACGUGUUCCAAGGUCCCCUGAAGGACGCUCCCAACCUGCUGUGCACGCCACACGCAGCCUUCUACUCGGACGCGUCCUGCACGGAACUGCGCGAGAUGGCGGCCAGCGAGAUACGGAGGGCCAUCGUGGGACGCAUCCCCGACUGCCUGCGCAACUGUGUGAACAAGGAGUACUUCCUGGGCUCGUCGGGCUACCCCGAGGGCAUCAACGGGGGCAGCUACUACACGGCGGGCGGGCUGCCGGUGCAGCAAGCACACUCCACCACUCCGCACGACCAGGUGCCCCACUCGGUGGCCGGCACGGGAGGUCCCGCCCCUGCUCAGCCGUCUGCUCCCGUCCCGGGACUCCCCCACAGCCUACCUCUCGGCACUCCCGAUCCAUCUAACCAUCACUCGCAAAAGCCGGAGUCGUCGGAAGUGCACUAGCGCCGAAUUUCCGACUUCAACGAGAUGAUUCGGCCCUGAAGCAGCGUGGGACAAGGAAGCCGAUCCUCGUCUGCUCUCGGCAUUUCUCGGGACGCUCCGCCGCACGACCGAACUGCGUAGAAACUGUGUUUCAUUGUUGAGGUUUGAGGGAGUAAAUAUUUCAAUUUCAAAAUAAAUGUGUUGUGACCAAAGGCUUGCCCCGAUCAAGUUAAAUGCCAACCCAGCAGUGAGUGCAAACAUGUUUCUUGACAUCCAAAUUAUGAUGUACUGUGCUGUGGCUAUGAAAACUGUCUUAACUUUUUUAUCCUUUCGUGAACUGCUACGUGUGUGUAUAUGUGUGUUUGGGAGGGACUUCGUGAUUUAUGGUACUGUCUCACUUAUAUGCUUCUCAAAUUUUAAAUUAGUUUUCUUAACUGGCAUGAAACACACUCCUUGUUUUCUGGUAUUUUUGGAUUUAACAGUCUCGCUGAACCGGUUUCUCUUCAUCACUGAUGAUUAUGUUUUCUUUUCCCAGGAACCAUCAAGUUCUGUUGUGGCAAUACUUUGUUUAUUAGUCUUGCAUUGUAAUAUGAAUAGAGCAAAUAACUUGAGUUUGGACAAGUUAGCAACAUGGUGAUGGAUAGUGAUUUUUCCUAUUGCAUUAUGAUGAGUGCAUAUUGUAGCCAGAGAAAAACUUAAUUAAAUACAGAUAAGUGGAGUGUAAAUAUUCAACCACUCGCCGGUUUGAAGCAGUGCAUUACUUUGUAACUGCUUGUGUGAUGUUAGCCUAGUUCUGGUUUAUCUGAAGACUGCAGUUGCGAUAUACUGAUCAGUUUAUUCUCUGCUGCAAUCAUUUGAACAAGAUGCGCUUUGCUUCCCAGUUGUGGUCUUUUCGAUAUUGGUGAUUUCAGCCUUCGCUGGCAAACUGAAGGAUUAGUGUUUAAACAGAACAAACAUUUACUAAUGUGAUUUUCAAGAUUUUUAUCAUUUUGUGGAAUGCUUUCCAGUGUAUGACUGGAUGUAUAAAGGAAAUGUAAAAACAAUUCAGGUAUCUUUAUGCUUCUCUGUUUCAGUAGAUAACUGUCAUUUAAUUUUAUUACUAAAUUUACUUUCCAUCUUUCUCUUGCAUUUUGGAAUUUAGUUGUCAAUAUUGGAAUGCUGCAACUUGUGUGUAAAAGCAAUUUGCUGGUCCUAACGGACAAGACCAAUACCUUCGUAUAGGUUUGUUGGUCGCAGGGAACCUACGUCUCUUAAUAAAUUACACUUAACAUUUCAGCACAUACAUGUAUUUAUCUGUGUGUUGUAGCUAAAUCUAUUAAGGGUGGAUUUCCAACACUUAAUAAAACUACAACUCACUGUUUUAUAACUUAAAAAUGUUUUCUGGUUUAUGAUUAUGCAAAGAAACGUAGGUUUCAUGUGUUAUUUGGUAAAUUAUUUUAUAUUCAUUUAUAGCUUAAUUUUUAAAUGAGAUUUCUGUGAUAUGAUUUUGCAAACUGAUCAUUGUUCUUGUUUGAUAAUACAUUCUGUACAUGACCAUUCUAAGUAUUUUCACAAUAACAUUUAAAGUAAUUUUACUGUGCAAAAAGUGUAUGUUAUGGAAUGAAAUAUGUAAAUUAACAAAUUAUAUUUUUCUUAACGGAUACUCAGUUACAAAAAUGACCAUGGAAUGUUGUGAACAGACUAUUCUUUCUAAGUGUAUGGUUUUAGCAAUGAUGGCUUUGGUUGUUUCAAUGUGUUGACAGCAAGGGUGUUUUAAUGUGCCAGUGUAGAAACUAACCAACAUAUCGGGAUGCCAGCAUAAUUUUAAUUUGUUGAUCCAUAGUGAGGGUUUUGGACUGCCAACCACGUGGCACACAAGAGGAUGGCUUGUCGAGGAAGCAGGUUGGCAUUAUUGAAACAUCACAAGUAAUGAGUAACUUAUUAACCUCGACUGGAGGAGGACAAAGUGGGUGCAAGAUGAGGUCCAGGAAUCUGGUAGAAAGGUGUUAUUUUUGGUCACCUAACGGGCUAUCAACUAAGAGUAAUUUUACAACUGUUUUGAAUAGAAUUAGUUUUAUGUCAUUCAGUAUCACACUUUUGUGUCUAUCAAAACUAUGUUUUUUUUAUUUUUUGUUUUUUUGUGUGAUACAGUGAGAAGGUGUAAAGGUUGAAUUGUGAUUGUUUUAUGUUGUUUGAUAAGCACGUGUGUGUGUGUGUGUGUGUGUGUGUGCAUGCAUGUGCAUGUAUGUGCAUGUGCAUGUCUGCAAGCAAAAUUUUGAGAGUACUUCAGGUUUUAAAUGGUUAGUUGUAAGAUAAUUUUUUUCUUUUGCUCAUUGGUACGUAUUAGUUGCAGCAUUAGUCAGGUCCCGACACAGAGCUGAGUCGUGCAAUAUGUCUGUGACGUGUAAUACUUGGUUGAUCUCUGCAUUCUGUUUGUAUGUUUCUUUGUGUGUGCAGUAAAUGGCAUUUGCCCGUAACGUGCAUUAGUGUACAUCUUUAUGUAUCUGAAAGUUUUAAUGUUGCUCUGUCUCUGGAAUGUUGCCGAUCUUGCCUCCACUACAUUGCGCCAAAGGUUAUUGUUUGUAAUGAUGUGCUAACAGUUAGUUUAUGCACUUGCUCUUGACUUUGGGACGAAGUCUCUGGACAAGUGCGCCGUGUGCCGACUGCUCCAGUUUGCAUCUGAGCAGAGGCUUCAUUGAACAUUUGUAUAAAAUAUUUCUUCUCAAUUUUUUUUCUAAUUGAAGAAAAAUAUUUGUUGUGUUGUAAUCAUAAAAAAAAUACUCAAAUCAACACACUUGUUUUAACAUCAGAUAUUUAUUUUAUUUUUAAUUAAAUUUUUUGCUUGUAUUUGAAAUUUCAAAUACCUGUGUGAAUAAUUUUGAAAUACUUACUCUUUUAAAAUAAUAAAAAGGAAUUUUCUUUCAAUGUAUUGAAGCUAUUGUGUAACUAUCUACAUUAAGGUUAAGAAUCAUUGUUGUACAUUGAAAAUGUGUUCUGCACAUUUAAAUUAUUACGUGGCUUGUAGCAACUUGCAAUAUUUCAUUUUUACAUGGGCGCAAUGCACCAUAGUACGAGUCCAUUUCAGAUGUUGGGACAGUCUGCGAUGGGGAUAACUCUAAAAAUAACAAAAUUCCUUGAUCUUGCGAGCCCAGGUAAUAAAGUAUGUACUUAUUACGUCUACACACAGUGAAGUAGCAGUAUUAUGAACAAAGCAGUGAUGUGAGUCACAAAAACUAGUAAAGAGAGCUGUAAUUAAAAAUUACUCCACAAAAAAGUUUGAUCAAUUGCAGUAAAUUCCGCUAAAGAAAAUCCCACUUUAGAAAAUUUACUGCGUAACUAGUUUAAAAAAUUAAGCACUGGGCCUAUAAAUACAUACAAUUUUACCCUUUUAGUAAAAUUUCCUUGUUACAAAAUACCAAGCAGAACAACUUCACAGGGAUUUAUUGUAAAUGUUUGGGGGAAUGCCAAGCGCUUGUAAAAUAUCUUAGCUGUCACUUAAUUUGCUCAAUUACCCAAAAGAUGAAUGCAAGAGAGCAUAACUGUUUUUUCUUCAUACAUUCAUGGCUUUGGUCUAUUAGACAACUAUACAAUCAUCGUCCAGCUGUUAAAAGCUCUACCCAUCUGGGCACAUAUGCAGUGUUGCAGAGCUUCAGAAAAAACCGCGCAGUUUAAAUAUUGUUCAAAAUAUCAACAGUGAGUUCUGUUUUUGAAAAACAUUUACGAAUUCACUGAGAGCAGGUUUCAUUUUUAAACUGUAUUUUUAGGAGACUGAAAUUGGCUUAAAGAAUUUUUUUUCUUCCAGAAUAAUUUUUAGACAUGAAACAUCUGCUAAAUAUUCCUGAAAGCACCCAAGGGCCUUGCAUCUUCAUUUCUGUGCCAUAUAAUGUAAUGGUCACAGUUGUGUGCAGAACGAGAAGCCCUACGCUUAGAGGUGACUGCACUAAAAGCACCAGUGAGCAUCACACUUAUCCUGGCUCCCUGAUUAGGCAAGCCCCUUAAGAGAAAAUCUGUUGUUACUUCGUAAGCAUAAAACUAUUCAUUUUGUAUUACAAUUUUUUAAAAAUAUUUUACUAAGAGUUUUUUGAAAAUGUAUGAAAUAUGAAAGUAUUCAAAACUGAAGGGAUUCGCAGGUCAAUCAAGUGACCUGCAUUAUAUCUGAUGGUCCAGAAAAUUCCAUCAGUGUCUGCCAAAAACUUGCAAAACUCUAACUUUGACAUACAGCCAGACAAUUAAAAUUGUAACUUUGAAAAAUAUUGACAGGUAUUACCGGUCAAUUAUUGUUAUCUUAAAAGGUAUGGAAUUUUAAGUUUAAUGAUUUAUUAGUGUUUAGCUUACUUGAUCGUCAAACUAAUACACUAUUAUGGAGACUUUAUUUUUAAAACUUAAGCCUUAUUUUCAAUUUUUACAAUUAAAAUGUAGAAGUAAUAUGAUGGAUGUGCUGAGUGUUUUACGUAAUGGAUAAUUGUGAUUUGAGCCUUAAUUUUUCUUUAGAUUGCUCGUACAAUUUUUCCCGUAAUAUUGUAGUGAAUUAAGUCUAGACUUCUAGUAUUACUGAACUUGAAUUUUAUUCAAACAUUUGCAGACUUGUCCAUCUCUUAUAAUAAAUUAUGUAUAGUAAAAUCUCGCGACUACAGUAGCUGAGAAUGGCAACUGAUUUUGUCAUAACUGCAGCACUCGUAUUUGUGGAAUAAUGAUACAUCUCAAGUUAUAUUCUCACACCUUCUAAAAUUGUUAAAAUUGAAAUUUCAUAUUUUAUCUCACACUGUGCAUUCUUGAGAAAAAUUUUCAAAUUUAGUAGUGAACAAAAUUCAUAAUAGCUUACCUUUUUAAUGUUACUGGCAAAUUGUCAUAGCUUCAUCUUUAUGAAAUAGGAACAGUUUACUUGAAAAACUAUAAAAUCUGUGUCUAAACUGCAUUUCUUGCAUCAUUAGGGACCGCUGCAUAAACAUUUUAGUGGAAAAUCUGCUACUGUGCCAGAUUGGGCUGCUUGUGAUUACUACUGCGAACAUGCAUGGAUGGGCCGAAUAAUGCGUGAUAACACUUUGGCUCGUGAAAAAGGGAGGGGGGGGGGGGAGAGAGAGUCGAGAGCACUCUUCUGCAUAGCCUCUCGUGGUUCAUCUAUUGCUGCAUUGUCGGUUUUGUUCUAACUGCCAGCUUGCAGUCUAAAGAGGUCAAGCAAGUGCAGAUCACUGCUAAUGACGAAAAUGGCACCAGAAAAGCUGUUGUAAACACCCUAUGAAUUCUUUAUAGUAAUGCACUAAACACUUCUAAGUUUAGUCUUGUAAUACAUUGACCAAACCAUUCUUUUAUUAGCCAAAAGUGAGGUUUCACUAUUCAGUGGUACUUCGCUAGUUCGGAAACCUGGGUAAUCUAAACCGAAAUCCGCAAAAAUUGAAAAUUACAAAUCGUCUGAAAUAAGUUAAUAUUAGUGACACUCAGAUGCAAUUUUUUGAAUAAUUAUUAUAUUUUGCUGAUUAUUUCGAGAAUUAUGUUCUUACAGAGGUGUUUAGAUCUAUUUACAUUACAGAAUGUACUACUGCAGCAGUUCCCAAAAGGUGUUUCACAGAGCCCUGGGGUAGGGUCACGGAUGUUCCAUGAGUCAGGAGGAAUGUCAUAUAAAGCAGGCACAAUUAUUGUCAAAUAACUCUCUUUAAAGAGUUGGCGUUCCACCAAAAUAAAAGUGGAUCACAGGGUUCACAAGCCCAAAAAAAAUUGGGAACCGCUGUACUACUGUACUGCACUGUUAUUUGCAUAAUAUUGCUGGUGUAUGGGAUGGUGUAAUGUAAUACUGUACCAGAAUUAAUUUAUGAUUUUCUGCCCUCUUUAGGCUAAUAAAGAUUCAACAGUGAAUUAACACUGGUAAUCCAAAAUUCUGCUGAUCCGAACUGGUAUUGGUCCCAAUUAGUUUUCACUAGAGAGAUUCUGCUUUAUUUGAAACAAUUUUUGAUUAAAACUGAAGCUACCCAUUUAAAUAUUAGGGGGAAAAGCUUUCAAUUUUUGGGUCUCAUAAAUACUGUCCCCUGAAAUCAGGGUUUUAUUUUAGUUUAUUUCUGUCAAAAAUUUGUAGUGGAAUCUAAUAUAGGCAGGUUUGGUGAUACUAUUAAAUGUUGACAUCUGCUGAUUCAGUUCGGCACAUCUCUAGUUGUAAUGAGUUUUCACUGUAUUAGGUAAAUUAAAAUUAAUAGUGUAUGAAAUCAACAUACAGAAUAAUUUCGUCAUAAAACAUUUAAUCAAAGAUAAUUUUUUAUUUUACUUUUGUAGCACUAUUGGUGCUACGUAGUCCAUGGUUGAUUGGUUGCACAGUUGCUGUGCCUGUUAGUAAAGGUUACAGAAUAGGGUGUUGGCAUUGGUCAGAAUCACUAGCUAAGUAGCCUUCUUACUUCCUCGCUAUGUAUCUUCCCUCGCAUGGAGUUCAGAGCACAAGCACUGCCCCUGCUCAGUUUCUUGCCUCCUACUUGAUUUGCUUCAUAGACAUAUUUAUUUUUGAAAAGACCACCCUUACCCUCUUUACAACCCUCAACAACUAAAUUUUGAAAAGAAAAAAAAUCGGUCUGAACUCUCUAUUAAUGUUGUUAAAGUCCUAGUUUCUUCCUCUAGUUCUAUUCUGAAAACUGAACAUGCUCCUUUUUGAACUCCUUAAGGCUGGAAUCUCAGAAAAAUGUUAAAAAUAAUGUUAAUUAUUAUGUUUAUUAUACUUAACCCUUCAUUUUAGCUCCUGCAUCAUUAUUGUUUUAGGAGAUAGGACUUUUUGAAAUAAAGCAAAACCUACCCCAUCUUUCACCCCUUUUAACAAUCAAAUUUAAAAAAAUAAUAAUAUAAUAUAAUAAAAUGCAUUAUGUAACUUGAUAUGCAUGUUCAGUCUAAGUUUUGUACCGCUGAUUCAAGUGGACUCAAAAGUAUCCAUUUUUCUUCUUAAAAGCAUACUUAUCCCUUUUACAUCUCUUAGAGGUGGAAUUUUGCAAAAUUUUACAGAAGUUCAUCAUUAUUUUGGUAUUUUUGUUAUUGAUAACCAAUAUCUUUUCCUAAAGCUUCAUUAGCCUCUGAGAUAUGAUUAACUAUCUAAAAACCAUAUUUACUCCCUUUUCACCCUCUUAGGGGUGGCAUUUUGAAAUUUAAUAGUCUUAGUAUUAAGAUCAUCACAGACCUUGCAGGAAAAAAAAAAUGCUUCAAGAUCUGUCCAUUUUUUUUUAAUCUCGUCUGAACAGACAAAUCUAUAUUAUAUUUCCAAUAAUGCAAAUAGCAGUUUGCUAUUUUUUAUAUAUAUAGAUUCCGUGCAGUGUUUAUACAUUUCAUCCCAAGCAAGUUCGUUGUUAAAUAUAUUUGCAUUUCAGUUUUGAUUAUCUCAAGCAUGUAGACUUAUUUUAUAUUGCCAAGCAUUUGUGAGGUUGUUUUUUUUAUAAUUUUAAAUUGUUAUAUUUUCUGUGUUAGGGAUAUUGAUAAUAAAUCUAAAUAUUAUAGAAGCAUAUUACCUAACACAAAAUUUUUCAAGUGCCACGAGUCUGACUUCUAAGUUUAGUCAUGCCAAAGUUGCCAUUUUAUAUUUUACUACAAUUCUCACAAUUGUUACCUAACUAUAUAUAAAUAUCACAUACAACAGAAAUGUGUUAUGUUUUACUGUACCGUAGUUGUGAGUGUAAGUACCAUAAUUCAAUUUUUGCACAACAAUUUCGGUGUGCAGUUUUACUUUUUUUCUUUGUGAAUAUUAGAAAGUUUGAGAAAUUGAUGUAAAUUAUUUUUUCUUAUCAUUCUUAGUUUUACCUUUAUAUGUUAGUCAAUAACAAUCACAAAUUCUAAUAAAGUUUAAUUAGUGUUUGUGAGAGGAUACAUUUUUUGUAUUUAAUUUUUGUUAUUUUCUUAAUACUAUUCUUAUCUUUAGAGAGACGGGGUAGUGUCUGUGUCAGCAGUUGAUGUAAUUGAGCAGAUAUGAAGAACUCGCAAUCUAAUAAUUUUUUUACGUAAAAAUGAGAAGCCAGAUAUUGUAACAAACAAAAAAAAUUAUUAAAACUAUUUGUUUAAAUUAAUAUUGCUUUCCUUUUUUUGUACAGUGUAGGAUUAAUGUUUCCAUAUUAUAGAAUACACCCGCCCCUUGAGUAAAGCCCACCGCACACGGUACAAUAUUUUCUACUAGUUUGCUUACUGGUUUCUGUACUGUGUAGGCUACAAGCUGAAACACUAGGUGUGCUACAAGUUUCUGCUGCACACGAUUCUAGCUGCCUUACUAGUUUUGUUAAGAGAAUAUUCUCCACAACAAAUUUUGAUGAUGAUAAUUCACAUUAUUUACUGCAUACAAACGAGGCUCUUCUUUGUAUGCAUUUAUUAAAACGAGGAGUUGGUACUAUUCCACUUAUUUCCAUCCAUGUUUAUCACGACAUGCGCACUUAAAAGUGUAAACAACCCCUCGUGCUGUUUUCGUGAGUUCUGAUUGGCCACUCCUUAAAUAUUGUAACACAGCAAGCAACGAAAAUAGGACGCAGUCUAUUACGCAAAACCAGUAGCCCAGCUAGUACAGCUACUAGUAUCCAAUUUGAAUUUGAGUGAAGAAACAAGUAGUAGAGCCAGUACGACUCCUAGCAUACAAUAUUGUAAGGAAUAUUGUACCGUGUGCGGCGGGUUUAACACUGUUCAAUUAGUGAAAUUUUGAAGUAACGACACCAAUAAAUUAGAAACAAUUUGAAGUUGCGCUGUUUUAUUUUACGUGAAUUUUUUAUUUCUGUGCACACACAAUGGCAAUGACAUUUGUGUAGCAUUAAAUGGAAUGCAGUGAGUUAAUAAUGUGAAGAAUGAACAAACAAUAUUUUGCUCUUUUGUUAGUAGCUGUUCGAUUCCCAGCCGACGUUUAUUUUACACCAUCCCGCAUGUCAGCAGCGGCUCUGGAGAAUAAAGCCAAAAGCUUUCAUGGCUAAUUUACCUCAUGCCUACUAGGAUGCACUAGUGGCAAAUCAUGGCAGACCAGCAUUUAGUAAACAACAUAUUGGGGAGUUAUGUUAAAAGGUGAAAUAAUUUUUCUAAUAUAAAAUUUUAAUUAUGUACUCUUUUGAUUCUUAUUAGAACUCAAAUUGAUUUCUCAUUUUAAUAACAUUAUUUUUUUGUACCUCAUAAGUGUUGUUAGCACCUAUUCAGGGGAUGCUUUGUCCAAGUCCUAUUAUGUAAACAAUGUGGUAUGUGCAUUUUUAAAAAUUAAUUUUGGGUAGUUUAUUCUCAAAAUAUUAUUAAAAAUGUAUUUAAAUGUACUUCAAAUUUAUUAACAUGUAUAUUUGUGCUGUAAAUUAAUUUUAAUGGCAACAGUGUCUUGAUAAAAAUGGUAGAUGUUUCUACUCAAAAUAAAGUUUCAUAUAAACUGAAACUAAGUUAUCCAAAAUCAUUAACAUUUCUAAGGUCUAGCCUCUGUGCUACUUCACAUUUUAAAGGUAGAGAUGGAGUAUGUAUUGCAAAUUUUUUUAUCUUUGCGAUCACAUUUUAAUGUUUAGUAUUGCAAUAGUUAAUCACAGGAUGUAAUAUUUUGUAAAAAAAAAAAAAAAAAACUGUUUGUGUUGCCACUUGACACAGCCUCACUGUUGAAAAGUUACUGAAAAAUUAUUUUGUGUAUUAUUUAUGUAAUACAGAAGCUAUGAAUGUUAAACAUGAAUGAAUUUUGACAGAGUCCGAGUUAAGUUAUCUAUGCACAUCUCGCACUGACUUGUUACUGUUGUAAAGAACUAGUCAAUUGAUGUGAACAGUGACAUGCAUUUGUUUACUUGUGAACGGUUCUCCAGUGUGAAGUGCUAUGUAGUUAUGUAGUGGGAGGAAGCGACUGGAGGCAGGUGUGUGUGUGGAGGCAGGAGCCGGCAGUUCUCGGGUAAUGGCGGCCGUGCCGACCAUUACCCUAAAUAAGUAAAAAUGUUCUAACUUCACGGUGGUUUAACUUUUAUAUUUAGGUUAGCAAAUGAGUUGUUUGUCAUUUGUGUGUGCUCGUCAUGCACCUGCUAUAGAUAUAUUUUUUCCUCUUGCGGCAUUCACGUUUGAUUUGUCUGUUAAGUAGAUUAAAUUGUGUUUUUAUGUGCUUAAGAUGAAUUGUGUGCAAAUUAUAUAAUUAGAUUUUUUUAUGAAAAAUUUUUGUGACAAGUGCGGUGAGUAUCUGAUGAAGAGCGUUGCAAAACUACACACAUCAAAGUGGCAGUUUUAAAUGGAAGUGGAUGGAGCGAGUAUUUGUAAACAAAACUUUUGUAAGUUGCAGGAGCCACGUACCUACUUGUAGACCUGCCAAAAGACACGUUCUGUCUGUAACUUCGUUGGAGUUUUUGUAGAUUCAGUAACGUAAACUUAGCUAGAAAACAUCAGAUUUUAGUUGCUGACUUAAUAUAAGAGAAUGAGAGUAAAUACACUAAGAUGAUUGUAAAUGAUGUAGGGCUAUUGGAUCUUCCACAGAAAUUUGAAAUAAAAAUCUUGUAAUGAAAGCUU